AUGGAUAGAGCAACAACGCCCUUUCACCACCUUGUGGUCCUCCUGCUACCCCUGCUCGGGGUUGUCGCAUCAGCUGCAACCUGCCGCUGCUUUCCUGAUGAGGCUUGUUGGCCGUCACCUCUGGAGUGGAGUGAAUUCAAUGCGACUGUUGGGGGAAACCUGAUCGCGACUGUUCCGAUAGGAAGUGUCUGUCACACCAACAACACGUAUGCUGCGUAUGACGCUAAGGCGUGCACCGAUUUGAUUUCCAACUGGGGAGACCCAGCGAGACACUAUGAGAGUAGUUCGUCGCCGAUGGCUGCCUGGUUCACGAAUUUCAGUUGCUCGCCAUUUGGACCGUUCAAUUCUCCCUGUGCAAUCGGGCCGCUGGUGCGAUACGCUGUAAAUGUCACCUCAACGGCUGACGUGCAGAAGACAUUAAACUUCAUCCGCGAACAUAAUAUCCGGCUCGUCAUACGUAACACUGGCCAUGAUUAUAUGGGGAAAUCCACGGGAGCGGGGGCUGUUGCGAUAUGGGUCCAUCAUCUGAAGAAGAUAGAGCAUGUUCAGUAUUUCUCCGACAGGUAUACAGGGCCCGCCUUGCGGAUGGGAGCGGGAGUCCAGGGCUUCGAAGCCACAGCAGCCGCCCAGGCGCAAGGCCAGCUCCUCGUAUCCGGAAACUGUCCCAGUGUCGGUCUUGCCGGAGGCUAUACACAGGGCGGAGGCCAUGGACAGCUCGUGUCACAAUUCGGCCUAGCGGCGGACCAAGUACUCGAGUGGGAGGUGAUGACAGCCGGCGGCGAGCUAUUGACUGCAUCUCCAUCUCAGCAUGCAGAUCUGUUUUGGGCGCUGAGUGGAGGCGGAGGAGGAACCUAUGCCAUUGUGCUCGGCGUUGUGGUCAAGGUGUAUCCAGAGAUGAAAACCGCCACGGCCACCCUGUCAUUUACUGACAGUCGUGUCACCCCGGAGGGAUAUUGGGAGAUUAUUCGAGGGUUCUUGGUGGAUACGCUCGCGUUAGUGGAUGUUGGAGGGGUUGUGGUGUGGACCAUUGCUGCCACUGGCUUUAGUGUCACCCCCGUGACCCUGCCGGGUGGCAGUCAAGCCCAGCUGCAUUCUUACCUUACGCCCACUUUGACUCGCCUGAAGCAGUACAAUAUGACUUACCAAUACGAAAUCACCGAAUUCUCGACCUUCUAUGACAGCUACCAAGCCACGAAUCCCUCAAUGAACAUCACGGAAUUUCAGAUCGGGAGCCAUCUAAUUCCUCGGUCCACGGUGGAAACCAACUCAACAGCGGUGAUCUCCGCAUUAAUAGAUAUCCUACAUGAAGGGGUGACCAUCUCCGGCAUCUCACUGAAUGUGUCACGGACUGCCUGGCCAGACAACGCCGUCAAUCCAACCUGGCGUGACACAGCCAUGUCAAUCGUGCUCGGAACACCGUUCAAUUACACCGAUCGCGGGGUAAACGAGGACCGGCAAGCUCUCAUGACCAAUGUCCUGAUCCCCCGCCUCAAGGCCAUAAGUCCCGAUGGUGGCGCUUACCUCAACGAGGCGGACUGGAAACAACCAGAUUGGCCUUCAGCGUUCUAUGGCGAACACUACGAGAGGCUAUUGGCGAUCAAGGAUAAGUAUGAUGUGGACCAGGUCCUCUACGGGCGGACCGCGGUGGGCAGUGAGCGGUGGUCUGAGCAGGACGAUGGGCACCUAUGUCGAGCUACGUAG